CAAGCAGACGGGAAGUGCCCCCGUGGGGGUGUCCAAGCUGUCUCCAGGUUGGGGGAGCUGUCCCCGUGGGGAUGUCCAGGCUGUUCCCACGGUGGGGGAGCGGUCGCCUGGGAUUGGGCAGGUGAAGCACCCCUCCACAUAUGUCAAGGCUGUCCCAAUGGAGGGAGGGACCCAGGGUGGCAGGGCGCUUGCCCAGGGUAUUGGGGUCAGAGCCGCAUUAGCCCGCUGGAGCCGAGCCGCGCUGACUCAGCCCUGCCUGUCCCUGUCCCAUCCCGUCUGCCUGUCCCGAUGGCGCCCGUGCUGGCCCUGCCGCUGCCUCGCGGGGCCCGCGUGCGCCUGGCACAGGGGCUCUGGCUGUUGUCUUGGCUGCUGGCUCUGGCAGGCGGCCUGGUGCUGCUGAGCGCCGCGCACCUCCUGGCGCAACUUCGCACCUUGGGCACCUUCCUGACUCCGAGCUGCUCCUUCCCAGCACUGCCCCGGACUGCGCUGCUGGCAGGUGCCACGGCGCUGGGAAUGGGGUUUGGGGGAGCAGGCGCCAGCCGGGCUAGCCUGGACACCACGCGCUACUCGACCUGGCGCGCUGUUCUGGGCCCACUGCUACUAGUGGGUGCACUGGGCGGUGGGGGGCUGCUGGGGGCCGCCCUGGGGCUGGCCUUGGCACUGCCUGCGGGCCUGGACACAGGGCUGCAGGAGGGCCUGGGGUCCGCCCUAGCCCACUACAAGGACACAGAGGUGCCUGGACACUGCCACGCUAAGCGCCUGAUGGACGAGCUGCAGCUCAGGCACCGAUGCUGCGGGAGGCACGGCUACAAGGACUGGUUUGGGGUUCAGUGGGUGAGCAGCCGCUACCUUGACCCCAGCGACCAGGACACGGCCGACCGUAUCCAGAGCAAUGUAGAAGGCCUCUACUUGACCGACGGUGUCCCCUUCUCUUGCUGCAACCCCCACUCCCCUAGGCCCUGCCUGCAGAGCCACCUCUCUGACCCCUAUGCCCACCCACUCUUUGAUCCCCGGCAGCCCAACCUAAACCUCUGGCCCCAGGGGUGCCAUGAGGUACUGCUGGAUCAUCUUCAGGGCCUGGCAGGCACCUUGGGCAGUGUGCUGGUGUUCACCUUCCUGUUGCAGGUGCUGGUGCUGCUUGGCCUUCGGUACCUGCAGACAGCGCUGGAGGGGCUUGGUGGGGUCACAGAUGGGGAGGAAGACACCCAGGGCUACCUCCUCCCUGGAGGACUCAAGGACAUGCUGAAGACAGCCUGGCUGCAGGGAGGCAAUGCCCACAGGCCAACACCUGCUGAGGCACCCCCAGAAGAGGCCCCUGCCCCAGAGAGCCUGCCUGAGGCCUAGAGGCCAGGGCAGUGGGAAGUCAUAGAUGGGGCGCUCAGAUCCCUGCCAGGAAGGCCUGCAUUAAGAAAGCCCACAAGCUAGACAGAAUAGGUGUCCUCAUCCACCUCUGGGAUGGACAGGGAGGACUGUACUGCUUCUGUACAGAUGCCGUAAUAAAGCUUUGGGAGAGAA